AUGUCACUCCCUAACGCCCAACCCAUCAUAAUCUCACCGGAGAUCACCAUCCAGUCCCCGCUCACUCGUCGGGGAACGGGACCUGGAUUAAUCCUUGCCGUGCCGUGUGCGAAGCGAGUCGAGUCUGCCAACCACUUCGCCCUCGAAUAUGGUAUCAUAAAGGCCAAUGAAGACCAAAGCCCAAAAACGCUAGACCCCGGGCCGCUCAAGAAAUGGGCUGAAGAGGGAUACGCGGUUGUGCAGGUCACUUUUGAUGACAUGGAUUCGUCAGGGAACUUUGGGGAUUUGCUUAGGAGAGCAGUGGCGGAACUUGAGAAGGUCAAGGAGUGCGAGGGGGUGGAGAAGGUUGGUCUUGUUGUGCACGGGGGAGGCGGCUCCGACCGCAUCGCCUCCGCCCUCGCCGCCAACCCUCGCAUUGUCUCUUGCGUAUACUACGGCCCCUUUAACCCCUUGUGGGCAAGAGAUACCUCAGUCCCCAUUCUCGCGCACGUACCCAGCCCGGUCUUCCAGCGCUCCGAGGGCGAAAUCAAGAUGUUUGGGGAAGAUCCCAAAAAUUUCAAGGGUCACUACUACCCUAACUUGAAGAUGUUCGAUUACUUUGCACUCCCUUGGUGCGUAGGGUUCAACUCAAGCGCCGCCUCCGUCGCCCACACCCGUUCCCUCGCCUUUAUGAAGCCGUUGCUUGGAGGACCCUACUUUGACUUGGAAGCCAUCUGGGACGAGCACACAAAGUACGAGUUUGAGGAUCGCAGCGUUGACAAGACCAUGGCCACCAUGGUUGACCAGCCCUACGUCAACCACAUCCCGACGCUAACGGGUGGCAUUGGGAGGGAAAACUUGACCAAGUUUUAUCGGGACCACUUCAUCCACAGUAAUGCGAAAGACGCGCAGUUGGAACUGGUGAGCCGGACGGUGGGCAUCGAUCGGAUUGUUGAUGAAUUCUUGUUCAACUUUACUCACAACAGGGUGGUUGAUUGGUUAAUCCCCGGCAUCCCCCCAACCCACCGCAAGGUAAGCAUCCCGUUCACGAGCAUCGUCAACGUCCGCGGCGAUAGGUUAUACCACGAGCACAUUGCUUGGGACCAGGGGACCGUCCUCAGACAGCUAGGACUGUUGCCCGAGUACCUACCAUUUCCGUAUGCGUUGCCGGAUGGACAGCCGGGAGAGGGAGGAAAGAAGUUCGAAUAUCGUGUCCCGGUGGCCGGAGUAGAGACGGCGAAGAAGUUGGUGGAUGAAAAUGCGGUUGAGUCGAAUAAGAUGCUUGGAUAUAAGGUUCGAGAGGUGCCGGAUGAGUGAUCACCCUCGAGUAUUGAUGCUUAUUUUGGAAAUGCCGGAUGACAUGACCGUCAUGACGUAUCAACCUCCCCUGCAAAAGGUUGUUGGUCGUUAAGGUUAUGUUAGCGCGAGGCACGGAAGGGCUCGGUUAUCGUGAAGGAUGCCGACGGGAUGGCUGAAGAUUGAUAAGCACCAACAAGGUUGGUGUCUGUCCCCUGUCAGCUUUGAACGGUUCCUGAGGCUGUAAGACCCGUUCAUUGGACAAUGGGCCUCUUAUGAGAGUGUAGCACCGCGGAGGGAUGCGGUGUUACCCCAUGUUCAUAACAUGAGUUGUAUGGUUGAUCGAUUGUUGAUCAUCUGUUGGUUCAGCCUUGCGGUCUGGCGGGGAUGAUGCGAUAACAAUUAGUG